ACAAAUAUUCAAGCAUAUCAGUAGCCAAGACAGAGAAAUCUGUACCCCCACAUAGUCACUCUACACCUGUGCUACUCAACUUUAGCGGCGCUUCCUGACGCCCUCUCCCUCGUGCUGCCCGUCAGCGGCCUCUGAUUUCUUCUCCUGCUCGCCUUCUUUGACUUCAGCAGCAUCGGUCACUUUCUUCCUCUGUACUUGCCGAGGCACCACCCGCUUGGCGAUGAAUCGCACACCGCCCCGCACCAUCUUGGCGCUUUUCUGCAGCAUCAGCACUUGCUUAUACAGCAGCAGCAGCGCCACGAACGACAGCUUGAAGAUGGCCAGCAGCAUCAGCAGCACAGAGCCCUUGUGCACCGUCGACGCCACGAACAACACGCAGAUCCACGACGUGUUGAGCGCGCUCAUGGCCGCCAGAGGGGCCAGGCGGGCGAGGGCACCGACGUCGCCACCCAGCAUGGCGCUGGUGGCGUCCAUGAACACCGGCUCGACUGAAAGGAGGUUCGUCAGGUCGGUCCAUAUCGACCCCAGCACUCCCCAUAGCUUCAUCAGCUUGGCGCCGAAUAUAUCUGGAAACUCGAUGAGAAAGACCACAGCCACCACAAUCUGCAAAAGUGAGCGAAGCGAGAAGAGAGGCCGCGACGGCAGCUCCUCCACAGUCAGCGACAGAGUCUCGCGGAGGUGGGCGACGAGUGAGCCGACUUGAGCUGACGGCGGACACGUCAUGAUGGCGAUAAAGCUGCCUCUGACCUCCACGCCUGCCGAGAGAGUCCCGUUGUCGCACUCGAGCUUCACCACUGUCGCAUAGGUCUUGUCAUACUUGAGAUCUAGGCCCCGCACGGCUGCCAGAUGGAUGCGCAGCAGGGUAUCCUGCGACUGAGCUGACACCGAGAGCACUCCGUCGCCAUUCAGCUGGCACUGAAGAGGUCCGCGAACAAACCGGCCGAGGGGAACUGACUCGAAGGGUGUGACAAUCGUGGCCGACGUGACAGGCAGGGUGCAAGAGAACGCAUUGUCCGCCGCCAUUGAGUAAGCUCCGGGAUGAUUUCCUGAACCUGCAACACGUAAUAUGUAGAUGUGAUGCGGAGAGAUCAUUCAGUGGGCGUUCCGUCGUCGUUUCGCUCACCUCACAAGGAGAUGAGAUUCCAGAAUUGGGAAGGAAGGAGCACCACAGAAGAAUCCUCGCGAGCUGAAGCUCGCAUCCUGGCCAAGCUUUGGCCGAAUAACUGUAUCUGUGAUGAGAAACUCGCACAUGGAUAGCGGUCCACGUGUAGCUAUAGCUAUGUCCAUGAAACAGUGCAAGGACAUGACGGCCAUCAGCAUCAUCAUGGUCAGUGUCGCGGUCAACAGUGAGCAUUGCUAAUGAGAAGAAGGCCAAAACCUCACAACAAUCAGUCGUGCCUUCCUCCCCUGCCUGCCUGCCUGCCUGCCUGUCAUCACCGACACAGACCCUACUGCCUCCGCAAUGAUCACUCAUCAGCGCGGGCACAGAAAUCAUGCAAAGGGGAACGCAUGAGCAUACAAUGGCAAGGUCUGCUUGUCGCCACGUGUGCCCUCUACCCGGAACAUGUUCUUCUGCAGUAGGCAGCCAUACACACAUCUGCGUGUCAUGUGGUAAGCACGGCAAGGUGAGGCGACGGCAUGCACGCGCGUGAAAGUCAACAAAACCG